CCAGGUCCAAGUGGCUCCAUCUGUUCCCUCUUUCCCUUGCAAGGCUCAAUUUCACAGCGAUCCUCAGCACGUGUGUGCGUGUUGAGCCCUGCAGCCGUCUCUCACACGGGAAGCGCCGGAGCGGGGGGGUCUCUGGCCAUGUCUUCGAAGGGUUAAUAGAGAAACCCCACGCCCCCUUUGACGGAACUGAACCAACCUCACCAAAUUUGAAAAGGCAUCCGGAGCUGCGUGUGCGCCCCGGGCUCACAGAGCCAGCGCCGGACACGGGGUGCCCCUUGCUAUGGGAGCAGCUGCCGCCAGGGCUUAGCUUGCAGGGAGGACUUGACUUCCCUUUAAAAGCCAGGAGCAGAAAGCAAUCGGUGCCCCGCGGGAAGAUCCUGCCCCUGGAAUCCCAAAUUCUCUCUCGUCUAGUCGCAUGUCACCGUGACUCCCAGUCAGCCUCUUGGUGCAGUGUGGUUUCAGCACGAGUAUAAAGAUGAAACGGGCUCUUUUCUCGCUCUGGUGCUGCUGUUUCUAUGGAUGUACAGUAGGGACCGGUUUCCUCUAUCAAUUCCCAGCCUCAACUCUGCAGCACAACUACCCGGAGCAGAGCUCAGGAUCUCCGGGCAGCGGAUUCGCAAACCGCCGGCACUGGUGUCACUACACAGUUACACGGACAGUUUCCUGCCAAGUGCAGAAUGGCUCGGAGACCGUGAUCCAGAGGGUUUAUCAGAGCUGCCGGUGGCCAGGACCUUGUGCCAGCUUAGUGAGUUACAGGACUCUUAUCAGGCCCAUGUACAAAGUGUCUUAUCGAACGGUGACCACCCUGGAGUGGAGGUGCUGUCCUGGGUUCACAGGGAGUAACUGCGAAGAAGAAUGCAUGAACUGCACAAGACUAACUGAUAUGACUGAGAGGCUAAACACUCUGGAAGCCAAGAUUCUUCUGCUCGAGUCUGCAGAGCGUGUCCCCACUUCAGAGAAUGACCUGCCAAUCGCCAGGACGACAGCCACGUGGUAUGAUGACUUGCUCCCAGAUGCUAUUCCUCUGGUAAAUCCUGGGACUGUGUUGAGGAAGCCGGUGGGACCAGCUGGGCUACCAGGGCAGAUUGGGCCCCCAGGCCCAAUUGGACCAGUUGGACUUCCAGGACCACCGGGACCAAAAGGAGACAGGGGACAAACUGGCGAGAGAGGGCCAGCAGGGCCACCAGGGCUUCUGGGACCUCCAGGACCAAGAGGACUUCCAGGAGAAACUGGGAUCCCAGGACCUCCAGGACCUCCGGGGCCACCUGCCACCCCAGGCCUUCCGCUCACUGUCCAACAAGGAGUUCUCUACUCGCUGCAGCCCACAGCUGAAAAAGAAAAUGGAGAAUCCCAGCUGGCUUCCACCAUCAUCGACACGAUCCUGGCUGGCUUGCCAGGCCCACGUGGCGCACCAGGGCCUGUUGGGCCACCAGGACCCCCAGGCACUUCAGGACCCAAAGGACCCCCAGGACCUAUUGGAGUUCCUGGAUCACAAGGUGUACCAGGCUCUCCAGGACAGCCUGGACCUAAAGGUUCCAAAGGAGAUCGAGGAGAAAGAGGGCAAGCAGGUCUGUCUGGAGAGAGGGACAAUAAGGGACUACCUGGUGAACCAGGCAAGAAGGGUGAAGAAGGAGAUAAAGGGGCUGAUGGAGAAGGAGUUCAACAACUUCGAGAAGCCCUGAAGAUUUUAGCUGAAAGAGUGUUAAUUCUAGAACAUAUGAUAGGAAUUCAUGAUUCUUUAUCGUCCAUGGAACCGGGCUCAGGGCAGGAAGUGAUCCUAGGCUCCUCUCUACGAACGAGCAUCAAGAUCAAACGUGGUGGUCCUGAGCAGCGGCACCAGCCCUAUCAGAUCCUCGCUUCACUGCUGGAGGACACCAAAGCCAAAAGGAAAAGCAGUGGAAUGAAAUAGGAGCAUUUGUGCAUUCUAAAGCCCAUUCACUGAUUAAAGAUACAGUAUCCUAGUGCUUAAUCAUGGUGUGCAGAAGGAAGUGAGUAGGAGGCUGCAGGGUUAACAGUAGGGUUUCCUUGCCUGGACACUGCUAAACCAUUACUGCAGGGAAUGUCUUAACUGUAGCUCAAAGGUUCUUAUGAAGAGCAAUUCCUCUCUUCUUUCCCCCUCCCCCAAAGUACACCAAAUGGCAGGUAUUCUUAAAAACUAUCCCUGGAAAUGGAUACCCUCCCACCAGCCCUCUUCAAAGGGCUUGAUCCUCCCCCUCACAAAUUACUUGUUUAAAAGACUGCAUAGCUGGCUCAGACAUCAUUCAGGUCUACCCUAGCUCAAAGCAACAUUAUACUAUUAUGUUUAAAAAUAACCAGAUGCCACCAAGUUUUUUGUUUUCACACUAAUUUCUAGUUGAAGACACCCCUUUCAGAACUCCACUAAAGCCAUGGAAAUGUUUCUUUUUAAAGAGUAGGGUGAAAAAUUAAGAACUAAUAAUUUGUUUGACAAAUUUCAUCUCUCUUUGUGGAGUGUCUUUCAACAGAUCAUGAUUUGUCUCAGAUGUGCUGGCUCUUCAAAAUCUUUGGCAAAUUUCAUUUACUCUUGGGCUUUCUGAUUGAAAUUUAAAAUCAGGGAGUUGAGCUGUGUUGACUGGUUGUGUGAAUGGUGUCAUAUAGACCUUUUGGUAUUCCUUCUGUUCCCUGAUUGCAUGAACAGCUUACUAUCAGGUUUCUGGUAUAAAUAAUUACAGAAUGUAAAAUUUGCUCUUCGUGCAUAUUCAAGACCAACAUUCUUUUUGCAAACAUUCAUAGCAAGCAAGACAAAAUUGUAUGAAAGUUUGCAUAAAGUGAAUACAAAACAGGUAUGAACAUAGCCAAGAAAAAUUACUCUCUUAUUAGGAACAAAUAUGCACUGAAAAUGUUCUGCAGUAUUUACCCAGCUUUAGAUCAUAAGUUGGAACUAUUGAUAAAGCUUUCUUUAUAGUGUGGGUAUUUUUAAAAGUAUCCACAAUCUCCUACUGGUUUGAAUCUGGGGGCGGCAUGUUGGCAAAACACAGUAGAAGGAUUAGACUCUUGCCAGUGGUUUGUCUUGUGAUCUUGCAGCGAGAUGCUCAAUCAUUUUACUUUUUGCGAUAGCUCUUAUUGUUGGGGAAACAGACUUCCACUGUUAAGAGGUUGAACAGAAAUUUCACACCUGCUGUCCAAUCAAAUUGGACAAAGUAAUGUUAGACAAAGAAAAAUUAAGUAAAAAAAUAAAAUAAUUAAUAGCGGGACUGAAUGAGCAAAGCAACUGAUAGUAGAUUACAGAAUUUUUCACUGUUCAGUCACUGGUUCAAAUUCUCUCCAGGGCACUAGUGAACAAAUGUUGUGUCUCUAUUUGGUGGCUUAAGCAAAUUCAUAGUUUGUAUUAGCUUUUUUAUGUCGAUAGGAACGAGCCUGCAUGAUGCUACCAUUGAAAUUUAUUAGCACCUUUGUUGGCAACCUCAGAGAGACCUGAAUGGCCCAUGGAGACAAAAGUACCAUCUUACUGCUAAAGGUGGUCCUCCUAGGUCAGGAUGGAGGCAUGUGGAAAGCUGAAAACUGGAAUCUUGCACUGCCAGUGGAUGUAGGCUGUGAAACUACCCGGAGCCUGAACCCCUUAGGCUAAGCCAGACUGCCUAGAACAACACUAAUUUUAAAAAGUGAGAGGUAUGUAUGUACAUGUGCACACAAUCUCUGUCUACAAAGAUUCUGAACUAUAUCAAAGCAUCCAUAUCAGGCCUCUAGACAGUAUUGCAUCAUUAACUACAAAUAGUUCAAACCCCCCCCCCAAGUGAAUGGAUUUACAUCUUUCAACUGCCACCAUUUUACAAACCCUAGGUGAAGGGGAAGGCUGAUAGCAUACGUUCCUAACAAACAAAAAGCAACAUCUUGAGCUGAUAAGGUGGUCCUCUCAGAGAAAUCUCUCCAUGCUGUAUAGUUAAACAAUAUAAACAGCCACUGAAGGACCAAAAGCUGCAGAAAAAUUAUUUCCUUAACAUACUUUUGAAUUCGGGCCCAGUCUAGGAACUGGGGAUAACAACUAAGUCUGCAUUCCAUAGUCAAGGGUAUAGUUACGUCCUUGCUUGGAUCUAUUUAAGGUAGUCAUUGGGCAAGUCAAAUCAGCCCAAAAUGUGGAGAACUGCUAGGGAGACAAAGCAAAAUACAAUCAGGUGCUAUUUCCCAUUAGCCAUGAAAGACUUCAAAGAACUUUAAAGUCAAUGCAACACUUUAGGAGAUCAGAUGUUUCAGUCUCCGGUGGUACAUUACAUUCUGGGGGAGCUGUAUCGUUGAUGUGAUACAGGGAGCAGUAACCCAGCCUGGAGAGAAUAAAAUGGUUUAUCAAUAUCAGAAAGGUAUUGAUCAAGAGCAAUGGUCACAUCCUGGUAUGACUUCUAGGACAAUAAAAUAAGGCCUUCAGAAGAGAUGUUAGUUGAAGGCCCAAGGGUACAGCCAGCGACUGUGUGUAUAUAAACAAUUCUGAAUGAGAUCAGUAUCUUUUAGAAAUAGCUGGCAGCCAUCUCUCACUCUAAAUACAAAGAACACAACUAUACCAAGACAUCUGGUAGACAAACAACAAAAGCCCUGUGAACAUUUUCUUCCAUUCACUAACAGAGGUGGAAUGAAGUUGUAUAAAGGGAAUUUAGACCAUGAAGUCUUGUUGAGGGACAGCUGUUUUAUAACACAGCCAUGCCACAUUUGCACUAGUUUUGUUCUUAGACUGGUCUCCUGUUUCCUUUUAGGAAAAACUUGAUGACUACAACAUGCUUUUAUAAGCCAGCUAGCAGUUAGAAAUUUACAAGAGGUUCCUGGUUACUUCUGUGGAUAGAUAAUCUGGGGUCCCAUCCUGCACAUAUUACCAGGCAGAAUGCUAACUACCCUCCUGUCUAGUAGUAAGUGUUCAGGAAAUUGGUUCCUGAGACAUGAUGAGAAAUCACAGUUUGGUCAAAAGAUUUAUGCUGGUUUGAGCUGCAUUUCAUCUGAUCACUAGGAAAGAGUUUUGCCAUAGCAGGACCCAGAGGCAAAGUCAAACAAUACUCCAACCUGAUAUUUAAAAAGGGAAAUAUCAAUAUUCCGUUUUGACAAUCCCAUGGCUGUUGCAUAUAAUUUGGGAAGGGGGAGAGAUAUUAUGCAGUGUGGGUCCAAUUAGUAGUUCCCUGAGAUUUUGGAGUCCCCCAAAUGAGUUAAAGGGGACAGUUUUUGUUCCCACAACUUAGUAUUUGGGAAUUAAAAAACAAUUGCAUUUGCUUGAUGAGUAAUCCCUUUAGUUGGUUUGCAUUUGACUAGCGUGCUGGGUUUUAAUUAAAUUAUUCAGAACAACUUAGCAGUAAAAUGAAAAAAAGUUAAUUGAAAUGAUGUGCAAUUAAUCCUAGCAGACUGAUUGUCAGAAGGCAGGUUUAGGUUCAGAUUGCAACAUCAUUUUAAUUACCAACUUUCACAGAUUUCUAUGAAGACCUAUGUAAUUCUUUGCUCCCAACACUCCUUGUUUUGCUAAGGACUUGUCUACGUUACCUGCCGCAUCGGCGGGCAGUGAUGGAUCUGGGGGGGGUUUCGAUUUAUCAUGUCUAGUCUAGAUGCGAUAAGUCAUCUCCUGAGUGCUCUCCUGUCCACUCCUGUACUCCAGCACCGUGAGAGGCUCAGGCAGAGUUGAAGGGGGAGCAGCAGCAGUCAACUCACCGCAGUGAAGACACCGCGGUCCCGUCCCCCCGCUCCCCCCCAGUGAAGACCAGGCUUUAAGCCACAUCUCUCUCUUAAUGUGGUACUGUAUCUUUAAUCUGGGUAACGAUAGGACCAUAUAGUGUGGACAUUGUCACUGGACUAGAGUUUCAUUCCUCACGAGUAAGUCAGUUAGACCACAUUGUGUUGCAGUCUUAGUUUAAAAAAAAAAAAGUUAUAAAGGUGAACAUAACCUCAUGUGUUGACAUGAAUGAUAUUUGUGUCUAAAUAAACCACUCCAACCACAUUUUCCAUCUUAGCCCGGAUACUAAGAUUCAUUUUAGCCUGGGCAUAUGCAUUUUACCAUCUCUGUGUAAUUUAGGGGGUAGACAUAUUUCAAAUGCGUGCUCAUUUAGAAGUAUACUUUAAUUGAAAUGUUAGUGCUUUAUCUUACAUACAUACUGUGCAAUACCAUAGUGUGUUCUUUUGCCUUUGUUAAGAAUUCUUUGGGAUUUUUAAAGUACUUCUCUAAACUCCAAUACUUUUCAACUUGGAUUGGUUCUGUUAGUAGAAAAACAAUUUUCCUUGCCUUGAGCUAACCAAAAGCAAUGGCUGCAUAUUGCACAGUAUAAUACAUUAUAGUUUAUGCACCCCAACUUUCACUAGUGCUCUGGUACCCUCCUGAGAAACAGAGAAUGUUUCACUCCAGAAUAUCCAAUAUGCAUUGGUUCUAAAGACUUGACAGCAAUGCAGAAAAAUAGGAAUAAGUUAGAGAUAAGGGUCAUAUCCUGCUUCCACUGAUGUCCACAGGGCUCUUGACAUUAAUGGGAGCAAGAAUAGACCACAUGCUCAGAUCCAGAUCUUCAGUUAGUGUAAAUUGGGACAGGUCCAGUGAAACUAUCACUAUUUACACUAGAUCUGGCUCACAAACUUUGGCACUGAACCAAAAUCCCAGAUCCAAUCUAUAGAAUAAACUUUGUUAAAGCAGAAACCAAUCCACCACACUUAUGGCUUCAGAAAGACAGACAAACUAAUUCUAUGAUUACAUGAAGGUAGGUUCUUGAUUGACUAAUUGGAAAUCCCUUUUAGUCCACAAUUAUGACCUCUGUAUUACUCAAGAUUACAUUCCAUUCUGCUCCAGCUCUGUAGGGGGCAGGGGGGGAAUUAAACUACUUAUUCUGAAAUCAAGUGAAUCAAAGGUGCUAUAAAUGUCCAUGAAACACAUUCCCAAUCAUAGAAGAAAAUGUUAACUUUUUUCACAUUUUACACAGUAUUUUUUUUAUUUAUAGCCGUGUGUUGUGUGUGCAUAAGGGGUCCCAGCUUCCCUAAUUGUAAUAAGUUCUACAAUCAUUUUAUCUUUUAGAGUGAAGUUAGAUACAGUAUCUUGCAAUUGUGUGUAAUUUUUAACAGAACAAUAACAAAUCUCCUCUGACAUGAUGAACUCAUUCCUGACAGGCUCCAACAUUUGUCAUCAGACUUCACUAAAGGACAAAAUAAAAAAAAAAACCCAACCUGUUAGCUCCAGAUCUUGCAUGGUUACGUCUCUGUUUUCAUAUUGCUAUAUUCUUGUUCAUGGUAUCUAUUUCUCUGUAUUUGGAAUGUUUUGUAUUCAGCAUUUUUUUUCCUAAACAGAGCAGAGUGGGAACAGUAUUCAAGAGCCCACAAAUACCAAAGACCUUUCAUGUAAUGCACUGAGAAAUAAACAUACUGUAAGUGAA